UCCAAGAUGGCGACAUCACUUGGAAAACAUCGUCGUCACAAGAUGUUGAACAUUUAUCAGCGCCUACAAAAUUUUGAACUUGUUUGUUGUUGAAUUACUUGGAAAUCGACCUCAAUUUUUCAGAAUGUUUAACAAACCGAAGAGCUGGCUGACACAGGCCAUUUGGAAACCGAAAAAUCUUCAUUCUUUAGAUCAUCUCAAGUUUCUGUACACAGUGCUGUGUAAGAACCAGGCCAUCACAGACAACAAUCGAGGACUGCUUAUAGAGACUCUCCGCUCCAUCUCCGAGAUCCUCAUCUGGGGCGACCAGAAUGACAGCUGUGUCUUUGACUUCUUCCUGGAGAAGAACAUGCUGUCCUUCUUCCUGCGCUACCUCCAGCAGAAGGGCGGCCGCUACAUCUGUGUGCAGCUGCUGCAGACACUCAACAUCCUGUUUGAGAACAUCAGCAACGAGACAUCUCUAUAUUACCUGUUGUCCAACAACCACAUCAACUCCAUCAUCGUCCACAAGUUUGACUUCUCUGAUGAGGAGGUGAUGGCCUACUACAUCUCCUUCCUCAAGACGCUGUCUCUCAAGCUCAACAGGCACACCAUACACUUCUUCUACAACGAACACACAAAUGACUUUGCCUUGUACACAGAAGCAAUAAAGUUCUUUAACCACUCAGAGACCAUGGUCCGGAUAGCAGUGCGAACCAUCACGCUCAAUGUGUUCAGAGUUGACGACAAGGCAAUGCUGCGUUAUAUACGAGACCGGACAGCUGCCCCGUACUUCUCUAACUUGGUGUGGUUCAUUGGUCAACAUAUACUUGACCUUGACCUUUGUGUCAGAAAUGACUCUGAUCAUCGUAGUCGCGACCGUCUGUCGGACCUGGUAGCUGAACACCUGGACCACCUCCAUUACCUGAACGACAUCCUCUGUAUCAACAUAGAUGCCCUGAACGAGGUCCUUACUGACCAGCUCCUCAACAGACUCCUCAUCCCACUCUACGUGUACUCCCUGACAAAGAGGAAGAAGUAUGCAGAUGUACAGACGGAUAAGAAGCAUGUCAGCUCAGUUGUCUCCCUUUUCCUGCUGUCUCAGGUGUUUCUCAUCAUCCAGUCACCACCCCUGGUACAACAGCUGGCCGAGGUCAUCUUCCAGGGUGACAUAAGUCUCACUCGCACUGGCAGCCAUCAUGACUCCCCCAAACUGAGAAUUCGCGAGUUCCGAGCUCCUGCAGAAACCCUGGAGAAGACUCUGGAGAACAAUCGCCCCAAGAUCCGGUACGGCCAGGCACCAGGCGAUGAGAGCCAUGGACCAUCUACAACUGAGGGGAACUCUACCUUCUAUCUACAGCGGGACGAAGCAGCUGUAGCAGAUGGUGUGUCUACACCCUCCACAGAGGGAGCUCUGAGCCCCAGCAGUGAGAUCUACUCCGGGGACACUGACAUCUCUAGCCCGAACCAGAACUCCACAGAUGAGGAGAAGCUUGUGCAAAGGAUGGGGAUAGUCUCAGCAAGCAUCUCCGAGAGGCAACAGGCAGCCUUCACACUUGAGAACAGGCCGUACUUGGAGUCAGUGUUCAACGCCCUGGAGUGUACGGAGAAUGACUACGCUGCUCUGUUUGCCUUGUGUCUGCUGUUUGCCAUGGGCAAGAAUGAUGGUAUCUCCCAACAGCUGCUGGACAGUGUCCUGAUGCCCACAGAGAGGUCUGAGGUAAAGGACCACUACAACAUUGCCCUGGUGGAACGGCUUAUCAGGAUCAUUACGCUGGCCUGUCAAGCAAGCAGCAAGGUUCGACUAGCCACACUGCAGCUGAGCAUCAAGUUCCUGAAGCAGCUGGUGAUACAGGAGGGCAAGUCCUUCCUGCAGGACCGCCAUCUGGCCUGUAUAGAGAACGCCAGGGAAUGCAGCACACAGAUGCUCAGGAACUUCUACAAGAGUGAAGAAAUUUUCUUAGACAUGUUUGAGGAUGAGUACAGGGAUAUGAUGAACCGUCCCUUGAACGUGGAGUACCUGAUGAUGGAUGCAUCCAUUCUCCUGCCACCUCUUGGCACGCCACUCACCGGUAUUGACUUCGAUAAGAGGCUUCCUUGUGGAGAGGUGGAGAGGGCAAGAAGAGCCAUCCGUGUAUUCUUUGUGGUGCGAGCUCUGUCCUUGAUGCUAAUGGACCAACCAGAGACUCAGCUGCCGCUAACCAAUGAGGACCGCUGUGUUAAAGUCGGGGACAAGCUGGACCUCAACAACAGCGAUCUGAUAGCUUGCACUGUCAUGACCCGAGACAGUCGUAAACAAGAGCGUCGGUUCCUGGUGAUUGACCCGCUACAGCUGAUCCUCGUGGAACCUGAUAACAAGAGGCUGGGCUGGGGCAUUGUGAGAUUUGUGGCAUUCCUGCAGGACAUCGAAGUGACGGGUGACAAGGAUGACAGUCGGUCUCUCCAUGUGGUCGUCCACAAACCAUCAUCAUCCAUCCAUGCCCGUUCUCACCCUCUCCUGUCAGCCAGGUUCAUCUUCGAUGACCACAUCCGAUGUAUGGCAGCAAAGCAGCGCCUCAUCAAGGGCCGCCUCAAGGCUAGACAGCAGAAGAUGCAGACUAUUGAGCUGCUCCUGGACAUCACUGGUCAAGCUGUUCGGUCAGGGUCACCGGGUAGCUUCACCAGAUCAGGACCUAUUCCAGGUCGGAGUCAUCCUGUUAGAGCAGUCAAGGAGGGUGAACAGACAAAAAGCCAAAGUCCUCUCAGGAGGGAGUCAGGGUGCUCGACCCAAACAACGGACAUCAGCAGCUGGUGAGCCAAAGAAGAUCCGUGGUGGCAAACAAGGAACAGUGCCCAGUGUACCUGCAAAGAACCGAAUGUCCAAUCGAGAUGAGGUGGAAGAAGCAGAGGAGGCCACCUCAGCCACAGCCUUCCAGUCUCUCAAUCAAGACAGUGGAC